AUGCCUAAUACUGGAAAACCGUCCCCAGGCUGUCAUUUAUGUAGGUCUAGGCGAGUCAAGUGCGACCUCAGAAGGCCGCGUAUGUUGAGCUCACCUGGCGCGGCUGUCACAGACGCCGGCAUCGUUACUGUUUGGCUACUCUCACUCUACGAGAUGUUAUCAGUAAGCUCUUCUCAGUGUGCAUCUCCAUCUCCAUCUCUAGUAGCAUGGUCGCACCACACGGACGGCCUCAGCGCCCUCAUUUCCCUACGCGGUAACUUUCAGUGCAAAACUGCCCGCGGGCGCGCCAUAUUCUGGGCCGCCCUCGAACACAUCAUCUUUCGGCAUUUCAAAGCCCAAGAACCGAUUACAGGUACAUGCUUGCAGUCCCUCAUGAACAUUCGCUACUUCGCAGACUCUCAAGACCUGUGCAUUCUCGGCCGCCCCGUGCCCAAGCGCUUUCCCAAAGUAAAGAAGGAGAAUAUACACGCCAAAAUGAAGACUGUCGGCAUCAUCGGAGGUAGCACUGAUCUCGCCACUGCCGAGUAUUAUAAGCUCAUCAACGCCACGGUGCGGGAGCAGCUCGGCGGCCUGCACACUGGCGAAAUCAUUAUCAAUUCCAUGGACCUUGCCAAGAGCGCGCACUACGUCCACAACGCCCUCUGGGACGAGGGCGGCGCGUACCUCGCUGGCAAGGCCCAGAGCCUCGAGCGCGCCGGCGCCGAUUUCAUCAUCGUCGUCUCCAACACCUGGCACCGCGCGGCUUCCAUCUUCAUGAAAGACGUCACGAUUCCGCUGCUGCAUAUUGCGGACCCUACCGCCACAGCGAUCAAGGCCCAAGGCUUGAGUAAGGUCAUUCUACUGGGCACGAAGGCGACCAUGGCCACGCCAUAUCUCAUUGAGGAGUUCAAAACGCGUGGGAUAGAGGUGGUAGUCCCGACGGACGCGGAGCAAACGUUCAUUGAUGAUGUGAUUUUCAAGGAGCUGAGCUUCUGGCAAUUCAAGGCAGUGUCGAAGCAGAGGUAUCUGGAAAUUAUGGAUCGUUUGGUAAAGGAAGAGGGCGCGCAGGGUGUCAUUCUGGGAUGCACAGAGAUUCCACUUUUGGUGAAGCAAGAGGAUAGACCAGCGGUGCCAAUGUUUGAUACCCUGACACUGCACGCCAAGGCCGCGGCCCUCCGAGCCGUUGAGGACGGUGUCAGACUACAAAAGGUGUGA